AUGCAUUUAGAUACUAUUCUCACCAGUGGAGGACAUGGGGUGCUUGCUUUCUACAAACCGCGUGGAGAAGGUCAGGAAAGUUAUUACAGUGAUGAGAGAGAUUCUGAUGAUGGAUUUAACGAGAUUUCGUCCAAGGAUAGUCCAAAUAAAGCUCAGCAUCUUGGUGCCACAAUUUUGGCUUCGAAAUUUGCUGCCAACACAAGGAGAGGAGUUGUUCAGAAGGUUCAGUUUGCUGAUACUGUUUCUUCAAGCUUAAAGAUGCCCAAAUUGUUUAAACCGGAAGAGCCUGAUUUCUCCGAGGAAGUUUAG